AUGAAUCCACUCUGGAGGCUCCUGGUCCUCCUCCUGGGAUUGUUAGCCUUGCCCUCAGGCCUGCUCAAGCAGCCUUGGCCCGGACUAACCACAGCCUACAAGGAUGGAAGGUCUACCCUAGCGAGAAUUAUUGCGCAGGGCCUCCUGAAGCACAACGCCGAAGGCCGAAUCCAGAGCAUGCAACUCCUGGACCGUCUGAAUGUCUCAGGGAUGGUGGCCCCAGGGAUGGUAGGCUGGUUGAUUGGUGGCAUGAACUUCCAGCAGCAGCAAGAGAUCAGCAUCAACAUCACCAAUGUGCAACUGGACUGUGAUGGGAUCCAGAUGGCGCUGCCUAAAGAGUGGUUCUCGACAAACAUCACACUGGAAUUUGACGUUGAAUUCCGACUGCCCUUCAAUUCAAAUAUCAUCAAGACGCAUGCCCGCAUGGGCCUUGCUGCAGAGUCCUGGCUGGAGAAAGAUGAGUUUGGCCGGAGGGAGCUAGUGAUGGGCAGAUGCCACAUGGAGCCCGACAGUGACGGUGCAUCUAUGUCCACUGAGGAAGUCCCACCCAAGAUGAAACAUUUUCUCCACAACCUCCGAGAAAGCCUGGGGAAAGUUAUCCCGAACCUAGUAGAAAGUCAGGUAUGUCCUCUGAUCGGUGAGAUCCUCCGGCAGCUGGAUGUGAAGCUGUUGAAAGGCCUCGUGGAACAGGUGGCUGCUCAUAAUCUUGGUCAACUCUGA